AUGAGGAUUCAGGAGCAGCUGGACAAGAUCAACGAAGAGAUCUGCUCCCUCAACCUGGAUCCCGCCUCCUCGCAUGCCGGCUCCUUCCCGCCCAGCAGAGGGCGCUCCAUGCCCGAAAGGAGGCAGCCCAGCCCUGAGCGAGAAGACAAGCUGGGCUUCAUGACUCUGCUGCCAGCUAUACAGGAAGAGGUAGAAGAUGACACCAUCAAAUGUGAAACCUCGACCUCCGCCUCGCUGCGGUCCCUUCGGCUGGACCGGCUCACAGGCUCACUGCGCACAGCCAGCGACGAGGACAUCAGGGACGCCCGCAACGCGACAGGCUCUCAGGACGGUCCCGGGGGCAACCCCAGCAACAGCAACAGCAGCCAGGACUCGCUGCAGAAAGCCCCAAAGAAGAAGGGCAUCAAGUCCUCCAUCGGUCGUUGGUUUGGCAAGAAGGAAAAGGGCCGGCCUGGACACACCAGCAGGGAGGCGUUAGGACCAGUGGCAGGCAGGAUGUUUACCGCUAGCGCCACCUGGAAAGCCCCAGGGAACGCUGACAACUAGGAAAUGCAGAAAAUAAGGGGGCUGCUCCUAAGUUAAACUGGAAGAGCAGCAAGCACAGGAUGAAAAGAGGAAAACACACGAAGAGCGACAACAGUGCCGACAGAAACAAGCCGGGAUGUGUUCACCCACAAAGAAA